AUAAAAGCCAAUGUUAAUAAUUAAUUAAUCGAGGGGUGAUGCUAACACUGACUUGUUGAGCUCCACUUUUUUUUUAAAUUAUGUUAGCUCUUGUAAUGCUGAAUUCUCAUUAGCUUUUGUGUGAGCUGUUAGGAGAGAUUUUACAAUCAGCAGACAUGGAAGCAGGAGUUUAUUAUUCAAACUACUUAGCAGAUAAAGUCAAAGAAUUUCAAUUCAUGAAACUCAUGUUUGACUUCUCUCAAGAUAGACCGAUAUGGCUAGUGAAGCUAAGCAGAAACCGUUAAGAAAUCAGUGGAUCGUUUUUUAUCCCUUUCAACUAGAACAUGUUGAUUUUUGGCAGCUUGACAUACAAUCUGUUUUAAUGGCCCCAGAAGAUUACUAUGCAGUUACUGUAAAAAUGGUCAAUAUUUAGUUGCCAGGCAAGUUGAUAAACCCGCUAUUUAUGGUUGUUUGUUCACAUAUAGAUAGUUGUUUUAAUUUGUAAAACAAAGCAAAACAAAACAAACAAACAAAACAAAAAAUAAAUAAAUAAAAAAUACUGGUUUAAAAUGCAAUAAGAUAAGCGGUUCCUCUCCGCACGCGCACACAAACACGCGGUGGAGCGAGCAUCCAGGUCCCACAUCCUGGUACUUUGAGCGUUGUCAAGGCUGCUUCAGGCUGAACACGGCUGGCGGACAGUAGCUGCGGUGGCCUGGCCCUAUUCUGUCCAAACAGCGGUCGUAUAAAGUGUCCCGGAAAGUUAGGUGUAGCUGGAAGACGCAGCACACACAGACUGGCGCCCCCUCCGUUCGGACAACAGGCGGAAGAUGUUGUCCAUUGUGCCGCUGAGUGAGACAGGGAUCCGGGCAUGCUUUACGUAAAAAUGUAGCCAUGUAUGUCACUAAGGGUACUGCUGCAUGCCAGUGCAAUGCCAUCUGCUCAGCAGCAUCUCCUGGGAGAACAGUAUGGAGUUAACCACCCUGAGUCUCUACUGAGGAACUCAACUGAUUUACUGUGACAAAGAUAAAUCUUGCUGUUAGAUGAGAACUAAUGGGCUAUCCAAGCUAACGAUAGCAUGCCAUCUCAGAAAGGUAAAGGUUGUCCAGCAUCCCAUCGCUACCGGCCAGCCUCCGAAUAUGAUGAUGCCACGCUAGCCCAAAAGAGAGAAUAUUGGAGAAACAAGAAAAGGGAGCAAAGGGCCCGAAUGUCUGAACAGAGAAAGAAGUCAACACAAGACAGCAGUGAGGAAAAGCUCUCAUACAUGUAUGUCUCUGCAGGGGUCAAUACCAAUUUGUCAGACCCCUUGGCUGCCUUGUCCUCUCCUUUGCUAAGUAAUGAUAUCUCCUAUAGUUCUUUAUCAAAGAGUGAAAGGACAAUUGAACACAGUUCUACAAAGGCCCCUAAAAAACAGGAGCGGCAUCAGGCAAUGACAGUUAGCAAGGUCCUGCGUAACUUGCAGCCAACAUCGUGCUCCAUUUUGGCUACAGCAGCUGAGGGUGGUUUGGUCACAGUGAAACGUCCAACAACCAAAAGUCUUAGGAAUCUGGUUACCUCAUCCAAAAGCAGCGGAACCGAACUGAACACCAGUUCAUCAGUGCCUCCAGUCAGAGUAACCCCUUUUACCAGCAGCAGCUCCACAAAAACAGAACCCAAGCCAUGUGGAUCUAUGCAGGACUCAUCAGUCCCAAACACACCAUCAGAGGCACAAGUGGCAUUGAAUGGGCUGCAGGUGUUACCUUGUGUAACAACAGAUACAAUGCAUGCAGCUUUAUGUGGCCCUGCUUUUAAUAAAACAGAGGGCCAAAGAACACACACAACACCUCAAAGUGGAUUAAAGAGUGCCUUGGUCACUAUUAAAAGGGCUACAUGUUUUGGCAUUACACCAGCUUCCAUGGAGUCGGAGGAGGAGAGAGCAGCCAAGCGAAGAGAGCACUGGAGAAUCAAAAAACGAGAGCAGAGAGCAAAGCUGGCAGCUAAGACCACUGAAGUCAGAGAGAGGCCACAAAACAGAGAUGGGCUACCGGCACAGAAAACAACACAUGUGGCCAACUCAACUCUGACCUCUCAGUCGUUUCUGAGAGGCACAAGCCAGAAGCGGAAUCCAGUUCGGGUUAAAGUGCCAUAUACAACAGUCAAAUUGGAGACCGACAACCUGCAACGUGGGUUAGCUGUCCCUGACCUGCAAACAGAGCAGAUAAAAGUACAGAAUCCACAUGGGCAUAAGAUGGAACAGACAGUCGUAAUGUUUAACACAACCGCAGUAAGGAAGCCAGCAGAAUCACAGAAAAAACUAACUUAUGUGCAUCAUUCUAACAUUACCCAAGAGACUUCAUCAUGUAAAACACUUCGACAAAGGUACAUUGAAACACAGAAGAAUUUCCUGAAUCAGAGAAAUCUAAGAAAUAAACCUUUCUUGACAUUUGCAGGGUUUCGUACCAGAGCUAUUCCCACAAUGGACACUAAUGACACACCAGAGCAAAUACUAGCCAAGCGGAGAGAGUACUGGCGGAAUAAGAAGCGUGAACAGCGAGCUAAUCUGUCACUGGAGAAGAAGAUUCGACUAAAGGAGAAGGACUCUUUGACACGCCGGGUAAAGCGUUACCAACAAAUCCUUGAAGAAAUGAGAAAGGCAAGAGCCUUGGCGCAUUCAACUGAAAAGACCCCUACACUCGCAUCUGAGGCCAUUGGGGGGUUUAUCAAAGAGGAUGGGACUCUGACAAUUAACAUACCUCAGAGUGCAAAAUAUCAAAGUAUAGUUGGAGACAAAACUGAGGAAAAGCUCCAUGACAUUUCUAAGAAGAUGCAGCCAACGUCACAAACUGACAUGAACUGGAGAAGUGUUUCCCCAUGUAGGGUAAAUCGGCAUUCACCUCUGUCUUGCUCAUCUCAGGGUAAAGCUGCUUUUUCUUUUGUCCAGACAGUCAACAAAACUUCUAAAUUAAUUGCUGUCAAACCACAAUCUCACCUUGACAUAACUAGUUCCAGUUCAAAGCCAAGCAAAAGUGUUCAGCAGCUCACACUAACUCAUCUCCAGUCCCCUCAAAACGCAGCCUCAGCCGCAGGGUCAAAAUUUGGUGGCUGUGUCAUGAAAAUGAGCAUCUCAAGCCAUACGCCAUCACUUCCACUGCUAUCUGUGGGUCCAAAGCUGUCAGAAGAGGAGAGGAUGGCGAAGAAGAGGGAGUACUGGAGAACAAAGAAACGUGAGCAGCGAGCAGCUCGUGCUUCUCGCCUGAAACACAGUAUUUUCCAAGCAAGGACCAGUGCAGGGUUACUGAGGAGGAGGGUGCAUACACAAGAAUUAAACACCGUGCAGCCGAGCACCAAUCUUACCAUCGGUGCAGAAAAAGAACAACAUUUUCCAAACAACUCUGUGAGUGCUAUACCACAUGCAGAUGAAAUAAAACAGGAGGGUGAGUCUGUGCCAGCAGCUGACCUAAAUUCUCUACCAGAUCGAGCCAUCUGUCCAGACAAACCCCCGACCGCCCCACCUGCACCUCCAGAGCUGGAGCCUGAGACGUCUCUUAAUUCAGACAGCCAAGCCACCACUCUGCUGGCUGUAGCCUCUAUGAAGAAACUGCUGGAGGAAUCCCUCAGCUCAGUUUCUGAGAAUCAAAUCGAACAGGCUGGCGUGGCAAUAGGAACAACCGAAGAUGCUUUAGAGCAGGACAUAAAGCCUGUUUUAUCACAGCUUCAUUGUGAAAAGAAUGACAAGGAUUUAUUACCUGCUUGCUUGAGAUCCCAAAUUAAAAGCUUGCUGUUGGAUAGCGACGUGCUGGAGGGAAAAGACUUACCAAAUCCCCAGCUCAGUGACGAGGUUCCAUCUCUUUCUGCCUCAGGUGAGGUGGCGCACUCCGCCUGCACUCAGUCAUCCCAGACGACUUCAGCACCAUUCAUCACCACAACCUCGUCAUGUGGAACUCAAAGAUCUUACAGCAGCAAUUGGGCCCAUCAAAGCUGCUGGUCUGAGGAGCUACCGAAGCUCCAUCACAUCACAACUACAUCACUGGAUCCACUUCAGCAGCAUCACCUUGAUCAGCAUGAUCAGCAGAGUCACAACAACUCUCUUCCACCUGCAGAAAGGUUCUGCAGCAGUAUGACAAGGACGAGCAGCUCAAACAGCCUUCAGAAGAGGGAAUACUGGAAGCUGAUGAAAAGGCAGCAGAGGGCGAGGUUAAAGGCCAGACAGAAGGAGAUUCUUUCAAAGAAUACCCAGGCUGCAGGACUUGAUAUUAAUGUUAGUGAAUGUGUAAAUCCAUCAAAGCCAUCCAUCCAGUCCUGUUCGUCUGUCACAGACAGACCUGCCAUGAGCAGCGUCCCUGACAUCCUGGUUGGUUCAUUAUGUAAAACUGAACAGUCACCUGACACACACUGUGUUAAACCCCCCAUCAUCAGCAGAGAGGGAAACAUGAACGAUGGACCUUCAUCACAUCUGACUGACUUUCUUGGAGUUUCUUCACCUCACUGUCAAAAGUGGACACCCAGAGCCACAGAAACUGAGACAGCCUCUUCUCUCCCUACUCUGAAGCCCCCAGACAACCCUCUGACAAGCAUCCACCUGCAACCCAUUGAACUUCCCGAUCGACAUCAAAAUCCCAUCCUUAGUCCUAUAAAAAUCUCCUGUGCUCAACUUCAAAGUCCCAUAAAUAAGGUGGAGUCUUCUGCCCAGGCAGCAUCAAUAUGCAUCAUGAUGCCUCCAAAGCCCAUCCCUGGGGCGUCUGAGGAGGACUUUCUGAAGAGAAAGCGAGAGUACUGGAGGUUAAAAAAGAAGGAGCAAAGAGCAAAGAAGGCAUUUCAGUACAAGGGGUGCACCUCAAUGAGAGCCUCCAGCGGUGGCAGCAGCUCUGAUCUGCCUGGUCAGGAUCUACAGACGCUGACGACAGCUAUGGAGGAUUCCAGUCAGUGGGUAAACUCCUCUGAUGCAUCAGAAAAUCUAAUGAGCAUCCCAGUGGAUCCCGACCCACCACCCUUCAUGUACACCAACUGCCCAGCACAGGUAGAAGAUGAGGCAGAUAUUUUGUUUGCUGAUCAUGCUGAUGGUGAUGAUGAUCAUGAUGACGAGGAGGAGGAUUCUAUGUCAGAGGAGGUCUGGAGAAACCGCUACCUCAUGGACUAUGAUCCACUCAACCAGCUGCUGGUGUGCAUGGUCUGUGGUGAGCUGCAGUACUCCCACAGCCUGGAGGGAGUGCGGGCCCACAUCGACGAGGCGCACCCCCUCACCCUCAGGCUGGAACCCAGGGAGAAACAGAGGAUCCUGGAGGCCUGGGAUGAGCAGGUGUCGCAGCGGGAGCGUUUCUUCAGCAGCCAGCUGCAGCAGCACUGUGGUGCUGCAGAAGAAACAUACAGGAACUGAUGUGUAAAGGAGAUUGCUGCAGAGUUGACUGGAAACCAAGUCCAAAAGAGAACAUCAUCUUUCUAUUUCUUCUCUUAGUUCUGUUUUCCAUUUCUUUUUAUUUAAUUAAAAUCAUUUUAAAAGAAAAGGCUAGGUUAGGUCGUGGGUUUCGGAAAAGUGGUAGAAAGCUUUUUUGGAUUAAAACUGGGCCAGAUUAUAUGUUCCUUGAUUAUAUUUGGGAAUAAAAGACCAACAGAUUUACUGGGCUUGAUUUGCUCCCACAGUUAAAACCUAUUGAAUAAUUCAGUUCUGGACACAUUCCAGUCUUUAUGUUGUUGUUUUUUUUUGGAUCCAGGUUCAGUUUGUGCUGUCUCAAGUUGUGUAACUGCUUUUUAAAAGUGUCCGUACCAUGCUGCUCUUUGAAGCCCUUUACUGUAUAUUUUCCUGUUUUAUUAUUUGAGGCAGCUUUUUCUUCUGACUUCAUCACCUGUGUGGAAAUCUUUCUGCAGUACCUUCAGGGUUUUUUUUCUCUUGUAUGUAAAUAAAUACAAAGGUAGCUGUGAAAGGCCAAAUUUUUUAAUGCUGUUUAUUGUUAAUAUUAUUUUUAACAUUAUUUAUUAUUUGUUGAUCUUUCCUAAACAUAGUUAGCUGAAGAUGCAUUAUUCAUUCAUACAUUUCCAUGUAGAGUAGGACAGUCUCUCAUUUGUAAGUAUUGAAUAAAGAUUUUUCUGCAUGAGUAGUAAAUGAAGCAUCGCAGCUAAAUAUCAGAAUGCAUUCCCGAUUUUUGGUUUUUAUCUCUUUAGUAUGAAGCUUAACAUCCUGAAUGAACUUUCUAAGCACAAAGUGAGAAAACCGAAGCACAGCUGUAACAGAGUGAGGCGCUGGACUUUACCUUGUUUUUUCACAUUCGAAUGUAACUUGAUGACAUGUUUACCUGUUUGAGAAGAAUCUUUAAAUGCCUUUUCCAGUAAUAAAUCAUUUCUACAUUUUG